AUGCCCAGCGUCACAUGGGUUCGUGUUCUGAAAGCUCAGAAGGCCUCGGAAGAUCGCCAGAAGGAUCUCGAAAAAGAUCUCCAGAAGUCUCACAGCGAAGUUUCGGGACUUCAGCAGAGAGUUUCAAUGAUCGAAAAACAUCUUGCCUCAAAUCAAUCGAUUCGAAGUUUUGUCCUUGACAAUACUUCCAAUAUCACUGUGCCUGGCAACGAUCUACAUACUCGCAAUGCAUCCGCCAAAUUCUACGUCUGGAACGAUUCAACUCUCUCAACUCUUUACCCUGAUGAGUGA